AUGUCCGCUCCUUCCUCGACCUCUGCGUCCCCUUCUGCUGCAUCUUCGCCCUCGUCGUGGUAUACUGCCCCGUCGUCGUCGGAUGAUAGCGACUACAUCGAAACUCCCGUGGAUGCCCAGGCGACACACGCCCCGAGCUGGCAUAGCUACCUCGGACUCUACGACGAGCACCUUGAUAAAAGUCCAGCGACAUACAAUGCUUCCGAGUGGUUGGAACUCAUCAAACGAUACGAUGCCGCCAAUGGUACGUCCGGCGAUAAGCGCUUGGACGACGGCAGCGAAGGACACGACAUGGACGAGCUGGUGCACAUUGCAGCAGGCGUAUACGUGCCGCGGUAUAAGCUCUCCCCUCUUCCCGGUUCACCCUUAGGCUAUACCAAGCCACUCCAGCCGCCUCGCGCACCUUGGGACCACGAGCCGGAGCCUGUCCAUCUUCUGAGCAUGAUCAAACUCUUGCCGCUCAUGCGGCCCAUCACGCCCCUACCACAAGACCUCGUGCGCGAUGUGCCGGUGUUUCCGGGGAAGCUUAUCGUACCAUCGGGGAAGGAGGGCAAGGAUGAGUGGUUUCCCAUGUAUGGGUCCACGCGUGAGACGGCUACUGCGCGGCCGAACGAGCGUACUAGGCGCGCUCAUGUAGAUGCUGAAGGCACCCUCGAAGGCUUCCGGCAUUCCGUAUCCUCGUCGGGGCAACGCGCGCGCCCGGACGAUACAUGGCCUGCGCUCGAAAUCACAGGUUUCGCAGGGCCCGCGUUGCAUGGAGCCGCGUACCCAGCCCUUUUGGACGUGGAUGUGUUGGCCUGA